AUGAGCCGAAAAUCCGUGGAUCAGAUUGCCAGCGGGGCGCUCUCAUACCCUCAGGGGAGCGCCUCCACGCUCCUGCUGGAGUCGGCCAUCUCCCUCGGCGACGAUCCGCUGUCCUCCGCGAGCCCAAACCCCUCCGUGGAACACGACUACCCACACCCGCGGCCGGCGUCCUCCCCCGGGUUCAGCGCCAUGGGAUCGGCCCCUGAGCCCCCAUCGCCGGAGCUCAGCGGCGAUGCUGAGGCCGGCGCCGAUUUGGCCGCCACCGCGGACGGGGACUGCGGCGAUCCCGCGCUGGAGGGCGCCGCCAGCACGCAGAGCUCGCAGGGGUCAGGCUGGGUGUGGCUGCCGCCCCAGCGGGUGGAUUCGAUGCCCGACGAGCCCGGUUGCACGGUCGACCUGGCGGAGCCCGUCAGGCACGGCAACUGGGUGCUGGUGAAGAAGCAGGCGUCCAUGGAGAUGGGAGAGAUUUCGGGGAGCAGGGAGGGGAAUGCGGACCCGCCGGAUGCGGAGGGGGACUGCGGCGAGGGCGCAGUGCAUGAGAGCCCGGGCGCCAAAGCUGUCGAGGACCCUGGCGCCAAAACUUUCGAGGACCCUGGCGCUGAAACUGUCGAGGGGGCAAUUGGUGGUGUUGGUAUGGAUGGCGGGCAGGAGAGGGGCGGGACGGAGACGUCGCGGUCCAAGGCAUCGGCGGGCGGGGAUACGCCUCGGGGGUGUGAUGACGGCCUGGCGGGCAUGAACCUGGGGAUCGCGUGGGGGGACCUGCACCUGGGCCACCCCAGGGUGGUCCUGGGCGAGGGCGCGUUCGGAAAGGUGUACAAAGCGGAGUACGGCGGGCAGCCCGUGGCGGUGAAGAGGUUCUCUCCAUCCUCGGCGGAGGUGGCCAAUGCGGAUGUGAUGGCCAAUGAGCUGAGGAUCCUGGGCGCCGCUGGGCCCCACGAGAACUUGGUGCGGUGCUACGGUGGGUGCCUGGCGGGGCCCUGCAUAUUCAUCGUGGAGGAGCUCAUGCACUGCACCCUCCAUGAGUUGGUGCACUCCUGCGAGUGGGGCCCCAGGCCGAUGCCGGUGCGCCAGUUGUUGAGGCUGGCGAUGGACAUCACGUCGGGCCUCUGCCACCUGCACCCGAAAAUUGUGCACAGGGACCUGAAGCCGCAGAACAUAUUGCUGUCAAAGGACGGCCGUGCAAAGGUGGCAGACUUUGGGCUGUCGAGAGUGAAGGCCAGCACCUACCUCAAGACACGAAAUCAUCUGGCUGGGACCAUCGAGUACAUGGCGCCCGAGUGCAUAAACAGCAAGAACGUGACCCACAAGAGCGACCUGUACUCCCUGGCACUCAUACUCUGGGAGUGCCUGACUGGUAGCACCCCCUACAAGGACUACGACCACGCCUUUGCCAUCAUGUUCACUGUGGCCAGCAACGGGACAAGGCCACAAUUCCCUGAGGACGUGCACUGUCCCCCAGGAUUGAAGCAGCUCAUCUGUGACUGCUGGAGCCAGGAGCCGCGAGACAGGCCCUGUUGCGAAGAGGUCUUGACAAGGCUGAGGGAGCUCGAGAUGGAGCUAUUCGGUGAUGUGAAGGCGCAGCGGUAG